UCAACACACGACUCCAACCAAACCGGCACCGACGACACACGCAGAGCAACAGAGAUGGAGGAGGCCAACGGCGGCGUGCUCUGCCGCGGCGGCACGGCCGAGGCGGGGGCGGGGGCGGAGGCUGGCCGCGCGCCGCACGUGGCGAUGCUGGUGACGCCGGGGAUGGGCCACCUGAUCCCGCUGGCGGAGCUGGCCAAGCGCCUCGCGGCGCGGCACGGCGCCACGGCCACGCUCAUCACCUUCGCCUCCACCGCCUCCGCCACGCAGCGGGCCUUCCUCGCCUCCCUCCCGCCGGCCAUCGCCUCCCUGUCUCUCCCUCCCGUCGACCUCUCCGACCUGCCGCCCGACGCCGCCAUCGAGACGCUCAUGUCCGAGGAGUGCGCCCGCGUGGUGCCCGCGCUCACGGGGGUCCUCUCAGGGCUGAAGGAGACGACAAGGCUGGUCGCGUUCGUCGCCGACCUCUUCGGGGCCGACUCCUUCGACGCCGCGGCGGCCGCCGGCGUGGUGAGGAGGUACCUGUUUUUCCCGACGAAUCUUCACGUCCUCACGCUCAUCCUCCACCUUCCGGAGCUCGACGUCUCCAUGCCCGGCGAGUUCCGGGACCUCGCCGAGCCCGUCAGGCUGCCCGGCUGCGUGCCCAUACCGGGGCCGGACAUCCUCUCGCCGCUCCAGGACAAGUCCAACCCCUGCUACCGCUGGAUGGUGCACCACGCCAGGCGCUACCGCGACGCCGAGGCCAUCCUCGUCAACUCCUUCGACGCCGUCGAGCCUGACGUCGCCCGGGUCCUCCGUGCCCCACAGCCCGGCCGCCCUCCGGUGUACAACAUCGGCCCGCUCAUAAAGACCGACGCCGUCGAGACUGACAACGAGCCGCGUGCACCGUGCCUUGAGUGGCUGGACCGGCAGCCGCCCAGGUCGGUCAUCUUCGUCUCCUUCGGCUCCGGCGGCUCGCUUCCGGCGGAGCAGAUGCGGGAGCUCGCGCUGGGGCUGGAGCAGAGCGGACAACGCUUCCUGUGGGUGGUGCGGAGCCCGAGCGACGAGGGCGCGGUGAACGCCAACUACUACGACGCGGAGAGCAAGAAGGACCCCCUACCCUACCUCCCAGAGGGGUUCGUCGAGAGGACCAAGGAGGUGGGCCUCCUCGUGCCGUCAUGGGCCCCGCAGAUAAAGGUGCUGGCCCACGAGGCCACGGGAGGCUUCCUGGUGCACUGCGGGUGGAACUCGGUGCUGGAGAGCCUGGUGCACGGCGUGCCGAUGGUCGCCUGGCCCCUCUUCGCGGAGCAGGGGCAGAACGCCGUGAUGCUGAGCGAGGGGGUCGGCGCCGCGAUACGGGUGCCGGACACGAAGAGGAGGGAGGAGAUCGCCGCGGCGGUGAGGGAGGUGAUGGCGGGGCAGGGCAAGGGCGCCGAGGUGCGGGCCAAGGUGGCGGAGCUGCAGAAGGCGGCGGCGGAGGGCCUCCGCAAGGGGGGCGCCGCCACGACGGCGCUGGAUGAGGUGGUGCAUAAAUGGAUCGGCGGCGGGGACAAGUAGGUGUCGGCAGUCGGCCCACCCAGCUUCAAUAUGGUUGUGCGGCUUGAUGGUUUCUUUCCAUGUUUCAAUCACCAUCAUUGCAUUUGUCCUAUAAUUAUUAUUAUUUUUUGCGGGGUAUUUGUCCUAUAAUUAUUGGUAGGCAAAACGGGUCCCACGCAUGUUUCACUAUUAUAGAGACGUCGUGAGUGCUUUUUC